CCUGGUCCGUCGCUCUAUGUGGUCCGCCCGAUGUGGGUUCAGUUGUAACGGUUCUGCCGGGUACUGGGUGUUUGCUCGUGCUCCGUGGGUAAUGCUGAGGUUCUGGUGCCGGAGGCGCGAUGCUGAGUGUGGACUCGCUUCAGGUAGCCGAGGAGGAGGUGGUGGAGUCGAGCUCCAGCCGUCUGGGAGACAUUUACACGCUGGUGGCUGAGGGCUGCUACCCGCACGCCAUGAACCCCAUCCGCAAGAAGAACCUGAAACGAUACGCGCAGAAAUUCAUCAUCGACGACGGACGGCUGUACUAUGUGGGGAUGAAGAAGGAGGAGAAGCGUGAGGUGGUGAUUGACGCCGAGCGUAAGCGUCGGAUCUUCCUCGAGUGCCACUUUAACGAGCUCGGCCAUCACCUGGGUCAGAAGAAGACGGUGCACCGCAUCCAGAGCAAGUACUACUGGCUGGGCAUCGUCAAGGACGUAGUGGACUGGAUCAAGGUGUGUGAGACGUGUCAGCACGCUGAGCGGAACAAAAACAUGGCAAGGACGCCGAGGCCGCUGAAGGUCGACGGCCCCUGGGACACCGUUACGGUGGAAAUAAUGGGCCCGUUCCCCUGCACUACUCACGGAGGAAACACUCGCCUGGUCAUCAUCACCGAUUAUUACAGUAAGUGGGUGGAGGCGUUUCCUGUCCAGAAGAGAGACGUCCUUUGUGUGGCGAGAUGCAUUUCGUCAACCGUUUAUAGGUACGGUUCAGUAAAAACCAUACACUGCUCUCAGAAUGCUGACUUCUGUGGAGAGGUGAGCAAGCAGCUGAGCGAGCGCUGGAGCUUGCAGCUGAAGGUCCAGCACAACGCUCUGCUGGAGCGCUCGAACACUCUGCUGAAGGACACCAUAAAGCAGAUGGUGGCGGAGAAGCAGGCCGACUGGGACGAUUUCAUCGAUCCUGUCCUGGCGCUUUUCAGGACCUCGGUGAACCCGGCGACCAAGUUCACCCCCUACUGCCUGAUGUUUAGCCGCAAACCCAGCAUGCCCGGCGAGUGUCCUGCUCUCUCCACCUUCCAGAUGAAGCUGGAUUUACUGAGUUACGAGCACGAUGUUGGAAAUUAUUCCCCCGGCGAGGAGCCAGAUAACAGCUUCCUCUCGUCCAUUCAGGAGCAGCGAAAUCAACUCAACCAGAUGGUUUUUUCCAACAUGAACGCUGCGUACAAGCAGGAGAAGAAAAGUGCCAAACGGCGAGGCAGGGACGUGUCCUCCAUAACCCUGACCGUCACCGAGCCCUUGUGCCCCUCAGACGACUCGCCCUCACCUAAAAGACUGAAAGACGACCUGUUCCUGACGUUUCCCGUCGAGACGGUGAUCAGCGCUGUUCAGGUGGUGGCGGAGGAGGGGAAGGACGCGCUGGAGUACGUGCUUCCGGGGCCUGACGUACACUGACCAUCUGAUUUGGUCAAACGAUGGAUCUUUGACACAGGAUGUACAUUGUCCAGGAUGUCUGGUGCACGGUGCUCUUGGCAGAACGACGCUUCUCUGGAGGUUCGGCUGUUCGCGGGUCUGCGUGAACGUUUCCGUGAAGGCGGACGAAGCGAUUGACCGCAAUAGUCCCUACAUCGCACACUUACAAAUCGGGGCUCAUCGCUACGAGCAGGAUGUUAUUUGUAAUCGUUGUGUUUUAUUUUGUAUAUAACGAUGCAGUGAUUCAGUAACAGCUGAAUCACUUUUUUUUGUUUGUGUAUUUGUGUCUGAAUGUUCCCAGAAUCCAUUUUUUCAUCAUGUUGGCUUUUAGGGUAAUAAACGCUAACAUAUCAGCA